CGGAGAAUGGCUUGACUGGGAAGUAGUGACUGCAUAAGAACGUAGCGAGUAACAGUUGCAUGCACCGAUUACUUACGUAAUUAUUCAAAAGCAAACAAGUGUUCACGACGAGAUCGAUCUACGGAGAAACUAAUAAGAUGGGCAAACUCCAGGUAAUCGUGCAUCCAGUGAAGAAAGAGUUCCAGCGAAAGAGCUGCGGCUUCGACCAUGAUACACCCGAUGAUUUUGUCAAGUCUCAGUGGCAGACUUGUACAAAGAGCAUGGCCUAUUUGUUCUACCGCUGGUUUAUGGCCCUGUUCUUCGUGGGCGUGGUAAUCGUCUCUAUGAGGCCAGAUCCAGACGAUAAGUAUAGCUAUUGGUUGUACUUCAUCUACAUGACCAACUGGGGAAUAUGGAUGUGCAUGUUGACCAACCUGAUGGGUGCCAUAUUAGUCACCAUUUGGCACUAUCAUCCAGAAUACGCGGAUAAACUCCUGAAUAUGAAAAGUUCCUGCAGCUACUUUCGUGUCUAUUGGGGCAUGCACGUCAUAAGUUUGGUGUUAUCUAUUGUCAUAACCAUUAUCUACUGGAGCUUGCUCUACAAUGCUAAUGAAAGUACUCUAGACGCCACUAAUGUGCUCACCCAUGCCUUCAACUCGGUUUGCAUGUUCAUCGAUCUGUGGAUUGUGGCACAUCCCUUGAGGCUCUUGCAGAUGUUUCUGCCCGUGGUAUUUGGUGUGGUGUAUGCCAUUUUCUCCUACAUCUACCAAUCAAGUGGAGGCGUUAAUAAAAAGGGCAAGCCUUAUAUCUACCAUGUAAUCGACUGGAGCAAGCCCGAAAGCUCCUUCAUCACAGUGAUUGGCGUUUUAGUCCUAUCCUGUUGCAUCUACAUCCUGCUAUUCGCCUUCUUCAAGCUGCGAAUGUUCCUCCAUCGACGCUGCCGCAAGGCCAGCUUCGUCCUGCCCACCAGUAGCGCCAAAAAGAAUGGGCUGGACGAUAAAAAUGCAUCUGCCAAUGGAAUCCAGCACUCACCUUCACGCAUAUCCAUGGUAUUGGGCAACUUCAAGGGCUACGAAAAUCAGGCUUACUCCCCCAGUGGCGAACCCACAAACAAAAACUAGGACUUGUAUUUAAUCUAGGAGCCACUAGUAGUAUUUAGUCGAAUUAUCCUGUAGAAUUUACAACCAGUGAUAUUAUAUUUUAUUAUUUUAGUCAA